UCCGCCCUCGGGCUAGCACAGCCUCACGCGAGCACAGCCGCCCGCGCACCCUGGCUUGGGGUCCCGCGUCCUGCCGCUCCCCGGGGUGCUCAGCAUCCCCGGCUGCAGAGGAUCGCCCCACGGUGCCGGUGCCUGGAGCAGGGAAGAAAGUUGUAAAGUGCCGCGAGGAGUUGGGCGGUCCGAGGAGGGGAGGCGGAAGAGGAGGACUCGGCUGAGUUCCCGGGGCGAUCGUGGGGUCCCCCGGCGCCUGUCCCGCAGCUCACCAAGGCAGCUGGACGUCAGCUCUCCGGUCCCGGGUAGGCGCUAGAGACUCGACUGGAGGCCAGGAGGAACUUAUCCAGCGAGCUGUCGCCUCGGGCCUUAUUGUCUGCAGCAACUCUCCGGAAUCUGGAGGGGGAGGACUGCACCGCGCGCCUACUGGGAUUUGUCCAGAGUUCCGGUGGCAGCUGUGACGGCCGCAGAGACUCCCUUUGUCCUCCCAGGACCUCCCUCUCUCUCGUUCUCGGUGGCAGCUGUCGGGUGGCGCUGAGCUUGGAGCGGGCUUCCCAGCCCCUUCUCAGCCUCCGACCCCCGGGUGAGCCCCUGGUGACUCCGCCUCUUCACAUCUCUGCUCUGCCGAGCCCAGAGCCCCAGGGGCUGUGAGCCAGAGGGAACCGCCGGGCCCCGGCCCCAGGAUGGUGGCGGGUCGGUCCCGGGCGCGCAGCCCUGGGAGCUGGCUGUUGCCUGGCCUGUGGCUGCUGGCUGUGGGCGGUCCGGGGAUGUUGCUGCGCGCCCAGGAGCAGCCCUCUUGCAAAAAAGCCUUCGAUCUGUACUUCGUCCUGGACAAGUCUGGGAGUGUGGCAAAUAACUGGAUUGAAAUCUAUAAUUUUGUCCACCAGCUUACAGAACGAUUUGUGAGCCCUGAAAUGAGAUUGUCCUUCAUUGUGUUUUCUUCUCAAGCAACCAUUAUUUUGCCAUUAACUGGAGACAGAUACAAAAUUGGUAGAGGACUGGAGGACUUAAAGGCGGUCAAGCCAGUUGGAGAGACAUACAUCCAUGAAGGACUAAAGCUUGCAAAUGAACAAAUUCAAAAUGCAGGAGGCUUGAAAACCUCCAGUAUCAUAAUUGCCUUGACGGAUGGUAAGCUGGAUGGUUUGGUACCGUCCUACGCAGAAAAGGAGGCAAAGAAGUCCAGGUCACUUGGUGCUAGUGUUUACUGUGUUGGAGUCCUCGAUUUUGAACAAGCUCAGCUGGAAAGAAUUGCUGAUUCCAAGGACCAGGUUUUCCCUGUCAAAGGUGGAUUCCAGGCUCUUAAAGGGAUCAUCAAUUCUAUACUAGCUCAAUCAUGUACUGAAAUUCUGGAAUUGAGUCCUUCCAGUGUCUGUGUUGGGGAGGAAUUUCAAGUUGUUCUGAGCGGAAGAGCAGUCACAUCAAACAGUCAUGAUGGCAGUGUCCUCUGUACGUUCACUGUGAACAACACUUACUUAAAGAGUGAAAAGCCAGUCCUUGUUCAGCACAGUUCCAUACUUUGUCCUGCACCUGUCCUCAACAAAGCUGGAGAAACUCUUGAAGUUUCAAUCAGCUUUAAUGAUGGGAAGUCUGCCGUCUCAAGAUCCUUAACUGUCACAGCUACAGAAUGUUCUAAUGGGAUUGCAGCCAUCAUAGCUGUUUUGGUGUUAUUGCUGCUCUUGGGCGUGGCCUUGAUGUGGUGGUUUUGGCCCCUCUGCUGUAAAGUGGUUAUCAAGGAUCCUCCCCCACCACCUCCUGCACCAAAGGAGGAAGAGGAAGAAGAACCUUUGCCCAACAAGAAAUGGCCGACUGUGGAUGCUUCCUAUUAUGGUGGUCGAGGAGUUGGAGGAAUUAAAAGAAUGGAGGUCCGCUGGGGAGAUAAAGGAUCUACGGAGGAAGGGGCAAGGCUAGAAAAAGCCAAAAAUGCUGUGGUGAUGAUCCCGGAAGAAGAGAUACCCAUGCCAUCGAGACCACCUCGACCCAAACCCACAUACCAGGCCCCUCAGACAAAGUGGUACACGCCAAUUAAGGGUCGUCUGGAUGCACUCUGGGCUUUGAUCUUGAAGCAAUAUGACCGGGUGUCCUUGAUGAGACCCCAGGAAGGAGAUGAGGGUCGGUGCAUAAACUUUUCCCGAGUUCCACAUCAAUAAAAUGAGAGCACAAAGAAUGAGAAGAUAAGGAGACAGCACAUCUUCAUGAUGCUGACUUCCAACAGAAUGGACGGUCCAGUGCAUCUCGGAAGUUCUUGGGACAACAGCCCAGUUCCUCCUGUUGGGAAAUGUUUUCUCUCCUGCUUUCUGUGCACCAAACAUUUUCAAAUACUUGCUCUGCCAUCUACAUGAGAGGUGAUGAAACUCGGCGGCGAUAACUCAUGAUUUAUGACACUGAAAAUACAGAGGAAUGUUAAUUUGCAUGCUACGGUUUCUGCAAAGCUUAUUUGAAUAUGUAGGAGGACAAAGCAGACACAGCUAUGAUGUAAAGAUGAUACCAAAGCAAAGACUGGAGACCCACCAGCCAUGCGGUUUUUGUAAUGGUGACUGGUGCUUUUGACAUGGAGGCAUGGCGCUUGUGCUUUUGUUCGGCAAGAUCUUUAGCUGCAUGCAGAUCAUGAAAUUUCCUACCAGGCUAAACAGAUAAUGGAGUCCACUGCCUUGUAGCUAUGUCAGAUAACAAAAGCCUUCUCAGUCCUCUAUGACUUUGUGCCUUACAGGAAUUUUCUGACUAGAAAAUCUUGUCACUGUUACAACUGAAAGUGUACACGCAUGACAAAAUGUGGACAAGACGCCCCAAGGUACUGGAUGCAAGCAGGAUUUUGCCCUUUAGUUUUCCAAGACACCUUUCUUUCAUUAUGCACUCGGGACGAGAGAAUUAAUAGAGCGUUAAUUCAACAGGAAGACCGCCUCCAACCAAAGACCUGGAGCGCAGCAUAAGGACUCAUGAUUUGAGACCUUGUCUCCUGACUGGUAGAUUCUCCUUUCUCAGUGUUUAGGAUUUAGCAGUGCGUAAAGCAUUAGUAUCUGUAAACACACCUACGUGUUUGUUUGGCUUUUAAUUUAAGGAAGCAGUAACCACCAAGCUUCUGCUCAGGGUUUUUUUCUUCUUUCAAGUCUCCAAGGGCUCCUCAGCGUCACAAGCCAGCAACUCUCUUUGCAUGAAAAUUUCAAAGUUUAAUUAAUAUAAUUAAAGGCAACAGCAAGCAGCAGCCUGUGAAGACUUUGCUCAUCUUUUUUAUGCCUUUUGACAUUGAAUGACCUAUCACUGUAUGCAUGUUACUUGGAUAUUGAGAAGCACCACACCUUGGAUGUGAUUCAGCCCAGGAAAAAAGAUCUCCUUUCUUUAGUUUAUAAAUUAAAAUCAGGAGGGGCGCCAUCAGAAAGCAUUGACAAUCUAUGUACUAUAUAAAUUUUUAGAAAUAUCACCAUCGUGUCACAUCAACGAUGCCAAAUUAUGUUAGCGUGAGCAGAAACACGGUGGGGGAGGACAGCGGCAGCAGCUGAAGGAAAUAGCUCAGAUGAUCUAGUCACUUUUGAUACUGUACUUCAGAUGCGAAAUGGAUAUUCGACUGGAAACCUGACAAAGUGCGCCUGCUUUGAUGUGAACUGGUAUAGACAAUGACCAGUGGCUGGGUCAGUGGGAUGUCUCUCUGCGAGCACAAAGGCUUAUCAAAUGACACUAAAAAUAAGUUCAACAACCAUCACUUUGGAAGGGAGAAGGCGAACAUUUCAUGUUUGGCGGGCAUGUGAGUGCACAAGAUGGAAAAAUCGAUUUGGAGCAUCCUGGUAUAAUUACCCACAUUGUGCUCUUUAUGGACAUUUCAAAGGGCUUGCAGUGAUACUUUUGGUUGGUGUCCAAGUUUGUGGCACUGCUCCAAGAAGCCUUACGCACACACACAAAUAUACAAAUGCACAUACAUAUUCUCUAGCUUGAAUCUUUUUGCUCAAACUUAUUUAUGUCACUGACUGGCUGGAUCCAAAGUCACACCUCCACAUAUUAAUGAAUAAAAUUUUUACCU